GAAUUCAGUGACCUGGAGUGUAACAUCUGCAGGAAUGAGUACAAUGAAGAUCACUGCCCAAGGAUUCUUCAUUGUUCUCACACAUUCUGCAGCCGUUGCAUUGACGGGCUCAUCUCGGCUGGUAAGAAAGAAUGUCCUAUCUGCAGGGAGAACUUCACUGCCGAUUCUGCACAAGACGUGACAAUUAACAGAAGCCUCCUAAAUGUUAUAGGGCAACUUUCAUCCAUGCACCUAGGAUUAAAGAUUGAACCCAAAGAGACAAAGAGAUCCAUUGUAGAGUCUACUAAACAUCUCAUCAAGAAAUCUGCAAAGCAAAGCAUUGCUGACUAUCAGGCAACAGAGGCUGAGGCGAUGGACCUCCUUACGAGCUUCAGCGAGAUGAAAGCUGUCUUUCUCGGAGCUAAUGAAGACAUUGAGGAAUUCAAGAAGACGAUUGAGAAGCUAAAGCUUUUAAAUGAACAAAAAGUUGGAAAUAUUGAUCAAUGCGCUGAACUCCUGGGGAAUAAGUUGGAGCUUAUGCUUCAAGGUGUAGAGGACAUCAAGGUUUUAGAGGCUAAAGUGACAUCUGUUGUUGACUUUGCCUCAAAUGGACUUCUUCUCGAUGAAACAGGAGACACUGUGGAUGGCUUCCAGGGAAAGAUAAUGGAACUGCAGGAUCUCGUUCAGAAGAACAAGCGGGACAGAGAAAACUUCCAGAAGGAAAUUCUCAAGAUGAGAGCAAGGUUCAGGAAUUUAUCAGUCAAUAUAGAGGAAAGGAUUCCAGCAGACUCUCGUGAGAUCUUCGUUGUGAUGACCUUCCGAGGGAAACUCAGGAUGGCUCCAGUCAAGAUUGAGUCCAACAAUGAACUAUAUAUGAACCAUCUUCAGGAAGGGGUUCUCCCACUAAGAUGUUCUGUCAUAAAGCUCGAGUGCUUGAUGCCAGGGGGGUCUCCUCCUUCCCUUUCCCCUUCUCCCCCUCCAAGGGCGUUCCUGGAUCUCGCAUAUGAAUCCACACCCCUGGGGAGGGUCAUCAUCAGGGUCAAUGAGAACGGCAUUUUGGCUCUCAACUUCCUGUACAUGUGUGCAGGGGGGAUGGGAUCCUAUUAUGCCAACUCUCAGGUCUUACGUGUGAAUAGGAUGGGUGAGGAAGGUGAAAACGUCCUCAUGGGUGAAUAUGUGACCCAGGGAGGAGGAGGAGGAGGCAAAUCAACUCAAGCAGUGUUGUUAUCGAGGGAGGACUGGCAGAGGGAGAGUCAGCUGAGGAACUGUAAAUUGACGACAAUGCAGGCGGGAGAAGUGAGGGGAAUCAUCCCAUAUGAAGAAGCUUCACAGUUUUGGAUUGUCACCAGAGAUCAUCCCAGAUGGAGAGGAGGAUAUUGCUUUGGGGAGGUGGCAGAAGGACUGGAUGUCCUGGUAGAUGCCAUCUUGAAGUAUCCAGACAUUACACAGGUCAAAGUGGCCAACUGUGGCCUCAUUCUGUGAUGUCUGUCCCUCCAGAUGAAGGAGCAAUUUUGAGUUUGAUUUUAACUCCCAUGAUAAUAGUAAUGAUCAUUCUCAAAUAAAAAUGUUCUUCUGAGUGCUAUUAGAAGUGUUUCAUUGAUCACAUUAUUAUUAUUAUUAUUAUUAUUAUUAUUAUUAUUAUUAUUAUUAUU